AUGGCCAUGGCCAAAAAUACCUUCCGCUAUGGAGAGACGGUCAAAAAAGUGGCGCAGCCCUGCGGGCAAGAGGAAACUUUCAGGAUGGCUGCCAGAAGUCGAGGUGCUGAGGCCUUUCCCAGUAGAGACGCCUUGAGAUCCGCUAGUUAUCUCCCCGGGGGCUGGGAGGACAGGGGACAACAGGGACGGCGACGGCGACGGAAAGAACGGCUGCAGUUUGACGGGGCGUGGCGGCAUCUUCGAAGCCUCACUGCAGCGACGCCCGCAGACGUCCGAGAGCGUGGCAUUGGAAGAACCUUUGGUGUGGCUGGGCCAGCUACCCGCAUGGUAGCGGAGCCUGCGGGCUCAGUGAUGUACUCCAAGCCGCCAGACCGCUUGGAGUGGAUCGCCAGUGAGCUGAGCGGCCCAGCAAAGAGAGUGCUGUUGGGACGUCCAGCUGAUUGGUUAUCCUUUGAUGGGGGAGUUCGACGUCUGUUAGAGGAGCUAAGGGUCGGAAGAGGCCAGCCGAAGGUUCCCGAGAUGUCUGAACUGUUGAUGAAGUACUUCAAGGGGACAAAGAGGACCAAAGGUGAAGGCAUGAGCGACUAUGUGACAAGGAAGGCUGAGGCAUACACCAGGGCUCAACAGUCAAUGGCCAGGUAUCUCCAAGAGCAGAAGUCCGGAGCUUCUUGGAGUACCCGGCCACAGUCAUCGUGGAGCACGGGACGCAGUCAGAACAUGGGGAGCUCAGCGAUGGAACAUGAUCUACAGGACUCAGCAGCCGAUGACGAAGAUCGCUGGGAGGCUUACAGUCAGGUGGGCUCAGCAGCGGCUCGGGGUGCGGAAGCAUCCAGUCAAGAUCAAGGAGCAGCCUCGGGAAAUCAAGAACUCGAAGUGUCUUGGUGGCGCCAGCAAGGAUGGGAUGACUACCGUCACCAGCGGCCUUGGGCAAACUACGGCAGCUGGCACAGCAGUGAGGUUACCUACGACACCACAGAGUGGGGACGUGGCCAACUGCCGGAGAUUGUCCCGGCAUUUGUGCAGGGAUGGUAUCUCUUCAUCGACUCAGGGCUGGAUGUGAUGGAACGAAAUGUCUUGCAGGCCGAACUUCGCGGGGAUUUCGGUGUGCAGGCCGUGGAAGAUGUCCUCCGAAAGCACUGGCCUGACAGUGAGCUGAAGAAACGAGAUGCAGAGAAAGGCAGAUUCCUAGCCAACCUUGCCGACGCCGAGGAGUCCUACGAUGAGUGGUCCUGGCUUGGGGAGUGUGAUCCCGAACAGUUGGAGUCUGAAGGGUUCUCAGCUGAAGAAAUCUCAUGCAUGAUGACGGAGCAGAGCAAUCAGAAGGAAGCACUGGCGGUGAUACAAGAGGCCCGUCGGACUCUGAGAGAUGCCAGAGCACGUCAGCAUGCAGUUCGCACUUCCCGACAGUUUUACCCGGUGAAAGGCGGAAGAUCCCCAGGUACUGCACGACCAGGAACCAGUGAUGGCAAAGGGGGUCCCAUGAAGUGUUUCAGGUGUGGUGGACCACACAAGAUCGCUCAGUGCCCCGAGCGUCCUCGCGACAGUGCCAAUGUCACCAUCUCCACUGACCAGGAUGAGCAAGCAACGUUCAUCUUUCUCACCGAGCAUGUUGUGGAUGAGCAGGAGGCUUGGGUCUCUAUGGGGGCCGAUGACAGCAGUCGCCUCACGACCUCACAGAUCGUGGAGGCAGGCAAGGCGGUGAUCGAUGGGGGAGCCACAAGGUCAAUUGGUUCUACAUAUGCCCUCUCCAAGGUCUUGGAACUCAAUGAGUCAAAGCAUGGCCGUGAUGGUAUGAGGGAUCUGGACCUCAAUGACCGGCCAUCGUUUGGUUUUGGAAAUUCCAGCCGUGACCAAUGCAUUUCCACGGUGAGCCUUGAUGUACCGUGGAACCAAGGAGCAGGAGUUCUGAAGGUUCAUGCAUUGGACAAAGGGACCUCGCCAAUUUUGCUGUCCAUCGACUCUUUGAGAAAGCUCGGUGCGGUCAUUGACUAUUCCUCCAACUGCGCUGUUUUCCGUAGUGUAGAUCCAAAGAAGCUGAUUCAUUUGGAACAGUCAGCUGCAGGGCAUCAAGUGCUUCCUCUGACGGAUGAUGCGUUUAAAGACGCGGUAGUCCUCGAGGAGCCGGUGCCGUUUUUCUUAGAUUUGUGUAAGUGCGUCGUUCAGGGUUCUUCGGUCUCGGGUGUUCGUGUUCCGAAGCCGAUGGAAUGGUCGGGAUUGACCCAAGAGGGUCGGCGGAUGAAGGUGAAGUUAGUUCCCGCUCAAUUGCCGAGCGCCAUGGCGGUGGACAAAAUGUCUCAUGUGGAGCUCCGGGAGCGCCUGUCUGCUCUUCAUCACGAAGUAGCCCCAAAGACUUGGAGCCGUACCCAGCUGCUGCUUCGUCUCACGGAGUUGGAGGGUGUGGAGUCGAUUCACAGCAGCGGAACGAAGGAAACACCGCCGCUGCGUCAGGCGGAGAUCAUGAUCAACAAGGCAGCUCGAAAGAAGUCAGUUUUGGUGGACUUCAUGCAGUCCCAGUUGGGCCUGGUGGUGAAUGCGACCGACACCAUCGAACAGCUGAAGGUCAAGGCCAUGAACCAGGCAUAUGCAUGUUCACCGGCACAUCCGGAGGAUCAUGUCGGGUUUGGCCAACACUCGGCCCUGACCUACCGAGAGGUGGCAAUGGAGAUGACCUCCUAUCUGGAGUGGGCCAUUACCACAAUGAAAGAGGGUCCCUGCUGUGCUCGCCUGAAGCGGUUGGCCGAUUGGGGGCUCUCGCCAGUGGGUCAAGCCUUGAUGUCGGAAUGCAAGUUCGAGAGUUCAACAACCAAGAAAGGAUCGAAGGGUCACAACCACAAGGGACACCCCACUCAGGACAAGCUAGUGGCCAGCUUGGUGCACCAAGUGACGGCGCUGACGGAGGAGGUGAAGAACUUGCAGAGCCAGAAGGAUGAGCUCAGCUCCAUCGACGGCUUGAUGGCCACCAAGAUGGAUGAGUCAGUCAUGGCAGCCACAGAGGCGGCCUUGGGAGCCGAAUGUACCAGAGAAAAGCUUGAUGAAGCUACAUGUGAGAGGCUGAAACAGGCAGCAUUCCGCUGCGAACCGGAUGUCUUUCAAAGUCUGGUGUCUCACGGGAGGCAUUUGCGAAAAGGGUUUGUCGUGCCAUCUUGGAUGGAACUACUCACCAAGGUCUUUGGUCAGAGCUUCGUUCAACGGGAAGAACCCUCCAUUACACCGGAAGAAGCUUUUGCGGAAGCCAUCAGGGUGGGUAACGAGAAAGAAGUGGAGUUCACCCCUGGUGACUUGGUUUAUGUUUGGCGUAUUCAAGAGAAAAAGGGUGUCAAGGGAACCAAGAACGGGGGAUUCACUGGUCCAGCUAGGGUCUUAGCCGUAGAGACGCGUCGAGAUCCCGAGGGAAAUCUGAGGAGAGCCUCAACCAGAGAACAGUGCUUGGAAGAGUUGUCUCAGCCUGUGGAUUUGCCAUGGACCGUGACGAAACUCACGGAUGAUCUAGGAAGUCACGAGUUUGAGAAUGUGAUGGAUGAGGUACCCGAGGCUCUGGAGUACGAGCAAGGACUGGACGAAGAGACCAUUCCUCCACCUCCGAUGCGCGUGUAUGGGAAAAGAACCGUGCCUGAAUGUCCGAUGUCAAGGGAGGCAAGGAGAAAGGUGGAUGAAAGAAAAGGUAAGCGUAAAGAAACACCGUCAGGCUCACAGGAUCAGGUCAUACAUGAAGAGGACGAGUAUGCGGAAUGUUUCUGGAGUGAUUCACUAGCUGCAGUAGAGGUGUCUUUCGAGGUGCCAGAAACGAAACGAGGCAAACAAGGUAUGGUGGAAGAUCUGGGAGCCUUUAUGGUAAGUCAGUUGAGACGGAGAGCGGUCGAAGUGAGUGAGAGGUACCUAGAUGAAAGUGAACUUGCUCAAAUGAGAGAAGCAAAACAAAUCGAGGUGAAGAAGUUCAUAGGUGCUGAAGCACUGGAAGUGGUACCCUCUCAUUUGCAACCCCCAAAGUCCGAAGCCAUGCGAAUGCGAUGGGUACUCACAUGGAAACGCUCAGAUUCAGGAGAGAAGUCAGCCAAGGCACGGUGUGUCAUCCUAGGAUAUCUUGAUCCCCAAUAUGCUUUUCGACAGACUGCGGCGCCGACCAUGUCUCGCACGACGAGACAACUGCUAUUGUGUCUUGCAAGUGCUUUGGGCUUCAAGGUGUGCAAGGGUGAUGUGUCUGGAGCCUUUCUCCAAGGUAGGGACUACAAGGGGACAGCCUACGUAAUACCCACCGAAGAAAUCGGUAGCAGCUUGAACAUACCACCAAACUCAGUGACAAAAUUGAAGAAGGCAUGUUACGGUCUGGUGGAUGCUCCACUGGAGUGGUUUCUCACGGUCUCCGACUAUUUGGAGUCCAUUGGCUUCAUUAGGUGCGUCUCAGAUCCCUGCUGCUUCAAGUAUGUGGUCAAGGACAGGCUGAUCGGUUUGAUCAGUGGGCAUGUCGAUGAUUUCCUGUUUUGUGGCCGAGAAGACUGUUUCGAGCUUUCACAAAAACAAUACGUGGAUGACCUCAAAGAAAUCUCUAUUUCCUCUGAACGUCGCCGAAACAUGCAGGAAAUACCCGCCGUCCUGGUGACUGAUAGCACUAAUGUAUACGACAGACUUCACAACGAAGUGUAUGUACCGAAGGGACCGGAGCGCCGUGUGGCUCUGGAAAUGUUAGGUCUGAAAGAUGCCCUGACUGAGACAGGUCUGGAACUGCGUUGGGUCAAUAGCGAUGCACAACUUGCAAACUCACUGACCAAAGACAAUGAACCCCAGCAGUUGCAGCGAUUUUACCAACUCAACCAAAACUGGAGGAUUGUUGAGGAUCCGGCCAUGAAAUCAGCUAAGAACCGAAGAAAGCUUGGGAUUGGGGCCUUGGAUGAUGGCAUUUUGCCUGAGUCGGCUGGGGGGCAUGUCAGUUCCUGA